CUUAUCUUCAAAUGAAGUGCUAUUCAUCACGUUCUAUUUGUAAACAUAAAUAAUUUUAAAAUGUGAAGAUAUGGACCUAAAGUCAAAAUUAGCAAUCAGAAGACCGCUUUGGCUGGCUAUAUCCUGUCCCUGAAUGCUCCCAUACCAUUUGAUCAGCAAUUUGACUGUUAACAAUAUCAUCUAGGAAUUCGGUCCAUAUAAGAUUCUUUCAUAAUUUCUUCAUUUCGAUUAAUUUAACAGACAAGCCCACCAGCAGCAUCCAAGAAAGGCACUUCUUGUACUAAAUUCUGAAUUGGGUUGGCUGACUAAUCCCCACAUUUUUUCAAACUCUCCAUAGCUCCAAUGGCCGCAAGUUCAGAUUUUGAUCCUCAAUUGUUAAUUGCUCACAAAUUUCCGGAGAAAAUUUACAGUUACACGGAAAGGGAUGCUGCCAUAUAUGGGCUAGGAGUGGGAGCUUGUGCAAAGGAUGCUCUGGAUGAUAAGGAACUCAAAUAUGUUUACCAUCCCGAUGGCCAGCAAUUCAUCCAGGUGUUGCCAACUUUCGCGGCUUUGUUUUCCAAUGAUUUUGCUUCAGAAAUUGAACAUUUGCCUGGCUUGGAAUAUGAUCCACGCCUUCUAUUGCACGGACAUCAGUUCAUUGAAAUAUACAAACCACUGCCAUCUAAUGCUUCUAUGGUCAACAGAGCAAGCAUUUCUGGACUGCAAGACAAAGGUAAAGCUGCUAUUUUGGAAAUUGAAAUAUUAAGCUACGAGAAAGAGUCUGGUGAGUUGAUAUGCAUGAACAGAAUGGCCGUUUAUCUGAGGGGUGCUGGUGGGUUCUCAAAAUCAUCUCAGCCUUAUUCAUACUCCAAGCACGGAACAAAUACUGCAUCAAAUAUAGGGAUCCCGAAAGGUCAACCAUAUGCAAUAUUUGAGGAAUGUACACAACCAUCUCAGGCGUUACUUUACAGGCUUUCUGGAGAUUACAAUCCCUUGCAUUCGGAUCCAAAGAUUGCAGAAGUUGCAGGGUAAUUUGGGUCUAUAAUCUAUAUACUUUUUGAUGAAGAUAUAUGGAGGCCAUGUUCUGAAGUUUGUUUAUUUUCUCUUUUUGGCUCAUUGAUUGCGGAAAACCUUUUCUCUCAUAUUUUGUUCGUGCGUGAGCUCGUCACGAUAUUCCUGCAGAGUGAUUUUUCGUAUUCUUUUUUGCUUUUCUUUUCUAUUUCUUCCCAUUGCUUUAGUUGAAUAACAUUUUAUUGGCCAUCUUUGUCAUCAAGUUCGGCAAUGUGAUAUUGUCCCUGACUUCCUCUACUUUUGUUCGUUUAGAUUCUCUCGGCCAAUAUUGCAUGGUCUCUGUACCCUAGGCUUUGCAGUGAGGGCAGUCUGUAACCGUAUAUGUGGAGGGGAUCAAACUAUGGUCAAGAGUAUUUCUGGAAGAUUUUUAUUGCACGUCUAUCCAGGAGAAACUUUGAUAACAGAAAUGUGGCUUGAUGGCCUGAGGUAACCCAUCAUGCUGAAAUUGAAUUCAUUUUUCACAUUAAACAUAUCUCGAAACAAACUGUUUUUUGUAAUUCAUUCUUACCUUCUUACCUUAAGUUUUAAUAAGAUAUAAAUGCUUUGUCGUCGUUGUUCGUUUUUGAGCUUUAGAAAUCUUAUGCAAUAACUGAACGGGAAAUGUGCAGAGUAGUAUACCAGGUGAAGGUGAAGGAGCGAAACCGGACUGUGCUUUCUGGGUUCGUGGAUCUUAACAGAUUGGUUUCGUCGUCCCUUUGAACGGGAAUCUGUGACGUUACUCAUGUACCUUGGAGGAUCUCGUUCAAUGAUUCACGCUGUUGAUGAAUGAUGAAGCAUUCAUAUAUAGGUUAAUCAUGAUUGAAUGAUCUUAAAGUUUGGCUUUGAUUAUAGUCCGUUUAAAACUUUAAAUUAUGUGAAUACCCAAAAAGUCUUUACUUUGAAAACCAUUUGUCAAUUUUGUUGCCCACUUUCAUUGUGGAAAGAUUUGUACUCACAAGGUUCUCCUAAUCAAAUCCAACUUCAUGUAUUUACAAUUCUCAUGAUUAAAACAACAGUAUACUCCCUAGUGAUCAUUUUGAAUGAAAAAAAAAAUAUAAUGUAAUGUUUGAGAUUCCUCUUAAUAAUAGUAUUAAUAUGACAAUGCGCCUUAUUAGAUGUGGAAUCGAUUGUAAUUUUUACCCCCUUCUUUCCCUUUAUUAAGAAGAAAAACAGAAAACCCCUAAAUUUGGCCGAACAUGAAAAACUCUAAAUACGG